AUGGCUUACAAGGUACUGGUGCUAGCGUCGGUGGUGGGCGUGGCGUGCGGUGGCAUCAUCGGAGGACACGGGGUGCUGACGGCGGGGUCGCCGCUCGCCGUCGUGGCCAGGGGCCCCGCGCCGGUGGUGAAGGCCGUGGCGGGCACAGACACCGACUUCGACCCCAGCCCGCAGUACAGCUACGCGUACGACAUCGCGGACUCGCUGACCGGCGACAACAAGGGCCAGCAGGAGACGCGAGACGGGGACGUGGUGCAGGGCAGCUACACGCUGCUCGAGGCGGACGGCUCGCGCCGCACCGUCGAGUACACGGCGGAUCCCGUCAACGGCUUCAACGCCGUCGUGCACCGCGAGGCGGCCGUGGUAGGCGGCAAGGCGGUGGUCGGCCCGCCCGCGGGGGUACAGAAGCCGGUCGGCCCCUUCGGCGUCGCCAAGGUGCCCGCCGCCGUCGGCUUCGCGCCGCUCCACACCCAGGCUUACAUCGGCUAG